AUGGUUGUAGCAAGUUCAGCCAUCCCUGUGGGCAUCGAUGUGCAGGUGGAGAGCAUUGACAGCAUCUCUGAGGUCAACAUGGACUUCACCACAACCCUAUACCUCCGUCAUUACUGGAAAGAUGAGCGGCUGUCGUUUCCAUCCCAAAACAACAAGAGCCGGACGUUUGACUCCCGACUGGUGAAGAAGAUCUGGGUUCCUGACGUCUUCUUUGUCCACUCCAAGCGCUCCUUCAUCCAUGACACCACCAUGGAGAACAUCAUGCUGCGGGUUUACCCCGACGGUAACAUCCUCUACAGUGUCAGGGUCACGGUGACAGCUCUCUGCUCAAUGGACUUCAGCAGUUUCCCUUUGGACACCCAGAACUGUUCGCUGGAGCUGGAGAGCUACGCUUAUAAUGAGAACGAUCUGAUGCUUUAUUGGAAGAACGGGAAUGACUCUCUAAGGACGGAUGAGAUCGUCUUGUCCCAGUUCUUCAUCGAACACUUCCACGCCUCUAGUGGACUCGCCUUCUACAGCAGCACAGGUUGGUACAACCGGCUCUUCAUUAACUUCAUCCUGCGGCGGCACAUCUUCUUCUUCAUGCUGCAGACCUACUUCCCCACCAUGCUGAUGGUCGUCCUCUCCUGGGUGUCCUUCUGGAUCGACAGGAGAGCCGUUCCCGCCCGCGUGUCUCUUGGUAUAACCACUGUCCUCACCAUGUCCACCAUCAUCACAGGAGUGUCCUCAUCCAUGCCUCAGGUGUCAUAUGUGAAAGCUGUGGACAUCUACCUGUGGACCAGCUUCCUGUUUGUCUUCCUGUCUGUGAUCGAAUAUGCAGCCGUAAACUACUGCACCACACUGGAGGAGAUGAGGAAGAUGAGGAGGGGGAAGAUCCCCUCCACCUUCACCGCCAGUCAGGCCAUGGCCUUCGAUGGCUGUUUCCAUGACAACGACAUCGAGCUGACCACCUUCCCUCGGAUGGCGCCCACGCGGACCACCGACCCUCUGACCACUCCGAGCCAGAACUCAGACCUGCGGCCCCCGGCGGGGACCCGGUUGCGGCGGCAGCGGUCUGUGCGGGAGAAUGUUGACCUGCUGGUGAACAACAGCUACAUGAUUGACUCAUACUCACGCCUGGCCUUCCCUCUGUCCUACCUGCUCUUCAACACUGUCUACUGGAGCAUGUACUCCUGA